AUGGCCAGUAGUGUAUUUGUCGACUUUAGGUGCAGCCGGUCGGGCAGCGUGUCGGUGGUGGCGGGCGGCAGCGCCGAGCUGGCGCUGCUCGAGCUGCUGCUGGCCAGGGAGCGCGACCCGCUCCAGCACCAGCACCAGCUGCAGCACCAGCACCAGCACCACGCCUUCCCCAGGAGGCACUCCGCGCACUGCUACCCCACCGAAGACGACGCGCACCUCUCCAUGGUAACUACCCAGGUGCCGCCGCUGCCGCUGAGGCCUCCGGCGGUGCCCGAGCGCAGCGGCAAGCAGGCGGCAGGAGGAGCGGGGGCGGCAGCAGGGGCGGCCACGCCAACGACCACGGCGGCCGCAGUUGCCGCGGCGGCGGCGGCGCUGCGCUACGGCUUCCACGGGCUGCAGCAGCAGGCGCCGCCUCCGCUGCCGCCGCCGUUCGCCGGCAAGCAUCCCAAGCUGCCGCCCGUGCUGGCCGGCGGCGGCACGCAGGCGCUCGGCCGCAAGGGGUCGCCGCCCGUGUCGCCGCUCAGCAAGCACUUCUCGCAGGCGCUGGCGCAGCACCACAAGGCGCAGCCGCAGGAGCACGACCAGCUGGAGCAGUACCGCCAGCUGCGCCAGCAGCAGCAGGCCGAGCUGCUCAAGCUGCAGCAGCAGCACAAGCAGGAGCACCAGCUCAAGUACUCGCAGCCCGGCACCCAGCAGGACUACCACCUCUACCAGCAGGCCAGGCAGCAGCAGCAGCAGCAACAGCACAUCGCCAUCGACCAGCACCGCCCCUCAGCCUUCCAGCAAGGCCACGGCAGACCGGACUACGCGGAACAGUAUCAACAGGUGCGGCACCACCAGGAUGCACUUCAGCAGAACGGCUACAAGCAGCAACAGGUCCAGCAGUACCAGCCCAAACAGAACAAUAUUGACGCGUACUUCCAGCACAAGACACAACAGCAGCAGGUGCAGUCUGUUAAGCAAGACCACAUGGGAAACUAUCGGCAGACGAGGCAGGAACAAGAAAAGCAACAGCUGCAGUUUAACCAGGACCUCUCACAGCAGCAGCAGCAGAUGGAGCGUCAGCAGCAGAUGGAGCGACAGCAACAGCAAGAACAUAAACUAGUGGACCUCCAGACUCAGCAGACGCACCUAAAUGACCAGCAGUCGCUUCACCAGUCCAGGAUGCAGCAACAGCACCGACUCCAGCAGCCACCGGAACGACCAGAGUUCCCACAACAGCCUCACCAGCUGCAGUGCCAGGAACUCCAGCAGCGCUACCAGCUUUUCAAACAACAACAGCAAAAGCAAAAAGCGCAGCAGCAGUACCAACAAGCGCAGAAACUGCAGCAGCAGCAGCAGCAACAACAACUGCACGAGUCCCCUCAGCGAGCCCAUCCAGCCCGUACUGAUGUACAGCAUUUGUCCGGAAGGCAGGAUCAGCAAACAGAAAGCCAACAGCAACAGCUUUACAAGCAAGAUCAACAACGACAGGCCCAACAAAAGGCCCAGAUCCAAGCACAAAUCCAACAACAACAACAGAAACAACAACAGAAUCAUGCACAGUACAUCAAACAGAGCCAGUCCCAGGUUAAUCAGCAACCACACUCACAGCAACAACAACAACAACAACCACCUCAGAAUGUACCACAGCAACAACAGGGACAACAAAGGCCACAGAGCAAACCGAACCAGCAGAUGGCACAAGUUUCCUCACAGCAUCAACAGGAACAGCAACAGCAUAAAACUCAACAGCAGCCACAAGUAGCUCAGCAACAGACGCCGACGACGCCGGCGGCAGGGACUGGUACCUCCAGCUCGACGCCGAAUGGCGGCAAGGUAUCUGUGCGCCAAGAUUCGAAUGUGUCGAGCGACAGCUUCAGCCAGAAUUCGUCGCCGAGCUACACGACCAAGUCCAUGGAGACUCCACUGCUGCCGCGGUCGUACCAGGCGCACUCUUCGAGCGCCGGAGCGCCUCGUGGCUUUGGGGCGUCCAAGGGCGGGGGCGGCGUCGGCGGGGCCGGACUGGGGGAGGCGGCAGCCGCCGCUGACGCCUCCGGAGCGUCGGCCAGCCCCGCCAUCGCCAACGGCAGCGCUGCCCUCACCAAGAGCAUCUCCACUCCUGCCUCGCUCCAGACCAUCGUCCGGUUCCACCACGGCUCCAACAUGUCUUUGCAUCACAGAAUAAUCCGAGACAUGCGGCGGCCGUCGACGCACUACAUCACACAGGGGCGGCUGCGCUUCCGGUUCGCGCAGGUGCUGGUCAACGCCAUCGCGCUGCUCGCCAUCGCCGGGGGACUCGCCGCCUACUUCAAAGCCUACCCGUCGACGGUGCGCUACGUGAACAAGACGGUGACGACGACGACGGUGGCGCUCACCAAGCCCACGCAGGACAACCCCAUGCCCGGGAUUUGUCUGCCAGUGAUAGUCACAUUCUGCCACUAUCACAAGAUCCCGUACAACUACACUAUGUUCCCUAACUACAUGGGACACUUCACCCAGCGAGACGCACAAACUGAGCUGGAGGUGUACGACGUGGUGGUGGACGUGCGCUGCUACGAGCUGGCGGCGCUCUUCCUCUGCUCUGUCUUCGUCCCCAAGUGCGGCCCCAACGGCGAUCUGGUGCGGCCGUGCCGCGGUCUCUGUAAAGAAACGAAGCGGCGCUGCGGCUUCUUCCUGGAGGUGUUCGGGCUGGCGCUGCCCGACUACCUGGAGUGUGACCUCUUCCCAGAGGACCCCGACACCAACGUCUGCGUGGGACACCGCGAGGUCGCCGAGGCCAAGCUGCGCGCACAGAAGCCGGUGUGCACAGCGGGAUUCCAGUGCGACGUGAAACGUUGCAUCCCCAAGGACUGGCGCUGUGACGGCCACGUCGACUGCCAGGACCGCACCGACGAACUGCACUGCGAGACGUGCUCCAAGCAAGGCCUGAUCCACUGUGGGGAGAAACGAUGCAUGUCGCAGAGCCAUGUGUGUGAUGGGAUCGUCGACUGCCCCUGGGGACAAGACGAACGCAACUGCCUGCGGCUAAGCGAGCGCAUGGGGGACGAGGGCAGCGGCGUGCUGGAGGUGUUCCAGCCGGAGCAGCAGGCGUGGCGGCCCGCCUGCAUCAGCCACUGGGGCUCCGGCGCCUCGGCGCGGGACCUCUGCGCCAUGCUCGGAUACACGGUUGCCAAUUCUAGUGAACUGACGAUGCUCAGCGGUAUCAGCAAUGUACGCACAGUCAGCUCAAACAGCAGCAGCGGCGCCUACACUGGCGACACUAUGUGGAGGACGACCAAGCAACGCAACGUGCUGAAGGAGCUGCGCACCUGCACGGGGAAGGACUAUGCUACGGUGAAGCUCACCUGCUCCAACUUUGCUUGUGGUCAAAGAAGACAUCCAAAUUACCCGCGAGCCUCUACGAGAAUUGUCGGAGGAUUUGAAUCAACUCCAGGGGAUUGGCCGUUUCUAGCAGCACUACUAGGAGGCCCGGAAGAAGUGUUUUACUGUGCUGGAGUGCUCAUCGCAGACCAGUGGGUGCUGACCGCGUCACACUGCGUCGGAAAUUUCAGCCAUUCUGAACCUUCUGGUUGGACGAUCCAGCUUGGUAUCACAAGACGCCACUCUCACUCAUUUUAUGGUCAGAAAAUGAAAGUUCGGCGUGUUGUUCCACAUCCUAUGUAUAACAUGGGUGUUGCUCAUGACAAUGAUGUUGCUCUUUUUCAAUUGAAGACAAGGGUCCGAUUCCAUGAACAUUUGCUACCCGUCUGCUUACCCCCUGCCAAUCAUGAGCUUCACCCUGGUACACGCUGCACUGUCAUUGGAUGGGGCAAAAAGGAGGAUAAAGAUGCAUCGGAAUAUGAACCAGCUGUGAAUGAAGUUGUUGUUCCUGUCCUGAAUCGAAAUCUGUGCAAUAUGUGGUUAGUGCACAAAGAUCUGAAUGUGACUGAAGGCAUGAUAUGUGCAGGUUAUGCGGAGGGUGGGAAAGAUGCAUGUCAGGGAGAUUCUGGUGGGCCUCUACUGUGCCAAGACGAAAAAAAUCCUGAUCGAUGGUUUGUUGGUGGUAUUGUUAGUUGGGGGAUUAAAUGUGCUCAUCCUCAUCUUCCUGGAGUAUAUGCAUAUGUACCACGGUAUGUUCCAUGGAUCAAACAACAGAUGGCUUUAUAUUCUGACUGA